AUGCUUCUUCUGUAUGUUGAUGAUAUCGUCAUCACCGCCUCUCGCACGGAUUUACUUCGCGACAUCAUUGGCCGCCUUGGUUCUGAGUUUCGGCUGAAGGACUUGGGUGCAUUGCACUUCUUCCUCGACAUUAAUGUGCGACGUGAUGCCUCCGGAUUUUUUCUUCAUCAAGGGCAGUAUGCACUUGAUCUAUUGGAUCAUGCUGGUAUGACCGACUGCAAACCUGCUGCUACUCCUGCCGAGGCCAAGCCGAAGCUCUCUGCCAUUGCUGGACAGCCUGCCACUGGCGUCGCUCUCUACCGCAGUAUUGUUGGUGCUCUUCAGUAUCUCACGCUCACCAGACCAGACAUUCUGUUUGCCGUGCAGCAAGUUUGCUUGCACAUGCACUCGCCUUGUGAUGUUCACUGGUCUCUUGUCAAGCACAUUCUCCGGUACAUUCGCGACACACCGACCUACGGCCUUCGUCUUCAUGCCUCCGCCUCCACCGAGCUUUUUGCCUACACUGAUGUGGAUUGGGCUGGCUGUCCUGACACUCGACAAUCCACGUCGGACUAUUUGUGUCUUCUUCGGUGA